UUUUCCCCGUCGCCUUUGGGGAACUUCUCCACGCUCAGGAACAAAGCGGCGUGGGGCAGCUGGCAGGAACCGAGACCCACUCCCAAACUUGCGGCCUGCGCGCCCCAGCGCGAGCCUCGCCUCGCCUCGCUUCCUGCUGCCGGCCGCCUCCUUCCCCCACCUCGCCUCCGCCCCGCUGCUACUUAGGUCUCCGCGGGACCCGGCGCGCGCGGCCGAGGCUGCGGCGGGCACGCGCGCUCCACGCCGGGUCCUUGGCCAAUCAGCACGGAGCCCAAGGCGCCGCCGCGCGCGAGCCGAAGCCCGGGCGGCUCCUCCCGUGGAGAGCCGAACCGGACCGAGCCGAGCCGAGCCGAGCCAAGCCGAGCCGGGGGCGCAGAGCGCGGGAGGCGGCGGUGCGGAGCCCAGGCAGCUCUGCUGCUGAUGGAAGUGCUCCGGCCUGGCUGAUGAAGUUGGUCCACACACCAUGUCAUCAUGUGUCUCUAGCCAGCCCACCAGCGACCGGGUGGCCCUCCAGGAUGAGCUGGGAAGUGGGGGCGGCAGCCGGGAAGGCCAGAAGCCCUGUGACGCACUGCGGGGACUCUCAUCCUUAAGCAUCCACUUGGGCAUGGAAUCCUUUGUCGUGGUCACGGAGUGUGAGCCAGGCCAGGGUGUGGACCUCAGCCUGGCCCGAGACCAGCCCCUGGAGGCCGAUGGCCAGGAACUCCCCCUCGAUGCCUCGGAAACUGAGUCACGGUCCCUGCUUUCUGGUCGCAAGCUGUCUCUGCAGGAUCGGUCCCAGGGCGGGCCGGCCUCCAGCAGCAGCCUGGACAUGAACGGCCGCUGCAUCUGCCCAUCCCUGCCCUACUCCCCAGGCGGCUCGCCUCAGUGCUCUCCCCGGAUGCCCCGGCGGCCCACCGUGGAGUCACACCACGUCUCCAUCACCGGUUUGCAGGACUGCGUGCAGCUGAAUCAGUACACCCUGAAGGAUGAAAUCGGAAAGGGCUCCUACGGUGUUGUCAAGCUGGCCUACAAUGAAAAUGACAAUACUUACUACGCGAUGAAAGUGCUAUCCAAAAAGAAGCUGAUCCGACAGGCCGGCUUCCCACGUCGUCCCCCACCUCGAGGAACUCGCCCAGCUCCUGGGGGCUGCAUCCAGCCCCGGGGCCCCAUCGAGCAGGUGUACCAGGAAAUCGCCAUCCUCAAGAAGCUGGACCACCCCAACGUGGUGAAGCUGGUAGAGGUCCUGGAUGACCCUAACGAGGACCAUCUGUACAUGGUGUUUGAAUUGGUCAACCAAGGGCCUGUGAUGGAAGUGCCCACCCUCAAGCCACUGUCUGAAGACCAGGCCCGGUUCUACUUCCAGGAUCUGAUCAAAGGCAUUGAGUACUUACACUACCAGAAGAUCAUCCACCGGGACAUCAAACCUUCCAACCUCCUGGUGGGGGAAGACGGGCACAUCAAGAUCGCCGACUUCGGUGUCAGCAACGAGUUCAAGGGCAGCGAUGCCUUGCUGUCUAACACCGUGGGCACACCUGCCUUCAUGGCACCAGAGUCGCUCUCAGAGACCCGCAAGAUCUUCUCUGGAAAGGCCUUGGACGUUUGGGCCAUGGGUGUGACGCUGUACUGCUUUGUCUUUGGCCAGUGCCCUUUCAUGGAUGAACGAAUCAUGUGUUUGCACAGUAAGAUCAAGAGUCAGGCUCUGGAGUUUCCCGACCAGCCUGAUAUAGCUGAAGACUUGAAAGAUCUGAUCACCCGAAUGUUGGACAAGAAUCCAGAGUCCAGGAUUGUGGUGCCCGAAAUCAAGCUGCACCCUUGGGUCACGAGGCACGGGGCUGAGCCACUGCCGUCGGAGGACGAGAACUGCACCCUGGUCGAGGUGACUGAAGAGGAGGUCGAGAAUUCAGUCAAACACAUUCCCAGCCUGGCAACUGUGAUCCUGGUAAAGACCAUGAUUCGGAAACGCUCUUUUGGGAACCCGUUUGAAGGUAGCCGGCGGGAAGAGCGUUCCUUGUCAGCGCCCGGAAACCUGCUCAGCAAAAAACCAACCAGGGAGUGGGAGCCCUUGUCUGAGCCCAAGGAAGCAAGGCAGCGAAGACAGCCUCCGGGGCCCAGAGCCAGCCCCUGUGGGGGAGGAGGAAGUGCUCUUGUGAAAUGUGGUCCCUGCGUGGAAAGUUGGGGGGCUCCGGCCCCUGGCUCCCCACCACGCAUGCCCCCACUGCAGCCCGAGGAGGCGAUGGAGCCGGAGUAGCUGCGUGGACCACCUGACCUCGCAUGCCUGGCUGUGUGGCCCUGCACGGGGGCUGCUGCACCCUGCGUUUCCAUAGCAGCAUGUCCUACGGAAACCAAGCACGUGUGUAGAGCCUUGACUGUCAUCUCUGGUUAUCUGUUGCUUUUUGUUUUGUUUUUGUUUUUAUUGUUGCUGUUGUUUUCCUUGUGGUUUUUCUUUUUCUUUUCCUUUUUUCCCCCUUUUCCCUUUGUUGUCUAAGGGGACAAAGAAAAAAAAAAGGACUUGACUCCGUGUCGUCGACUUUGGCCGCUGGCUGGCCAGACCGGCGGGUGUGAGGAGUUGCAAACCGAAACCAACAUGCAUUUUGGGACAAUUGCUUUUUAAAAUGUUUUUAUGCCAAAAAAACACUCCCCCAACCCCCUCCAUUGUGAAUUCAGAAACAUGUCAGAUGCACCAGGUGAAUGUGUGGGGUUUGAGCUGCUGGAGACUCCUGCUGGCUGGGGCUACACUGAGGUGGGGAGGGAUUAGAAGGAUCGGUGUGACCCACACACAAACCCCAUGCCUGGGCACCUUCCAGGACCGUGGGAAGACAGGGCUAGCCCUCAGUAGCUGCAGGGAACUUUGAUGUCAUUAAUUUGUAAUGAGGACUUUUUACGUGGGUGGGUUGUUUUUGUUUUUGUUUUUAAAUGGGUAUAAUUAUAGUCAGGAAAACGACAAGGGCUUGCAGUUGGAAUGCUUGAGGGGUACUUUGCAACCCUGAAGGAGCAUUCAGCAGCUGCGGGGGUGGGGGACUGGGGGGUGGAGGUUUGCCUGGAGGGCUGAACACACCUCUUCAUGUUAGCUGCCCCAAAUGGGCUGCUGAGGUCAUCAGCUAAGCCGAUUCUCUUUGUAAAUCGGCAAACAACUUGAGGGUGGUAUUUUACUCUUUCACGUACAUUAACUAGCCAGAACUCUGGAGAAGUUCACAAGUUACACGUGGAGCUUCCGGGACCUGUGUCUCUGUGUCCCUGCUCCCUCCUUGCAGCCGUGUGACAGAGAGAUGAAGCCUGUGCCUAUAGAGUAGCGACUGUGACUGUUUAUUACCGGUGUAUUCUAGAGACUGGAAGCAUUCUUGGCUCUUCGAUACCGUCUGGUCAAUACAGUCAACAAAACAUUUCCUGUGGGCUAUUUAGGCAAGACUGUCACUCAGCUUACUUAGGCACAAAUGGCUGUCCCUAGGAUCAAAGCUUUAGUGUGACCCACAGUGACAUCAGGGUGCCAUUGUAGCGAAAAGUGUCAAAACCCAGAACGUUCCUCAGGGCAAAGGGCUUUGGUUUUUGUUUUUGUUUUUCUGUAGCCAGAAGCCUGGAGAGCAAACAGGAACUCUUUUGACUUUCAGUCCUGAUUGGAAGUUUGGUUGAAGUUUGGGUGUGACCACCCAGGGCCACAGAAGAAAAUACAAAGUUUGAGGGGGGCAUCCAGACUGGUGUCCAGUGCUUUGGUAAUGACCAUCUUGCCAGUAAUGGGGCCCAGAAGACUGCCUUCUGGCACGUGUAGAGUCCAGGCGUCCCUGGCUUCGAUCCUUGGGUUUCUUAAGCUCUUGAUUGGAGUCUAGCCAUGUUGCCUACUGUGACAUAAGCAGAAUCCGGGCAGAGACUGCAGUGUGGGGAGGGUCUGUGUGACCAAGGACUUCCUGUUGCUUUCCCUUUUUUAAAACUUAAGGAGAAACAGCCCAGUAGCCCUACCCUCUCUGGCUACAGAUGGAGUCCAGUUAGUUUGCAAUAAGCACCUUGUGUCUAAAGCUAACAAACAGGUCCUACCGCUCAGUCCCAGCCUGUCAGCCUGGACGCUGGCCUGGCUGAGCCACCUGCCUGAGGCAGGCAGGCGUUAUACGGAGCUCUACAGAACUCUUCUUGUGUUUACACAACUCUUCCGGUUUCUCCCCACCAUGGUACUGCUGCCUAGGAUGUCUUAGGAUGGCAGCUACCAGGCAGCCCCCGGCUGGUCAGGCAGAAGGAAUUGAGAGGUCUUCUGCAUGGGUACUUUUUUCUUAAAGAAACACCAAAGAAAGCUGCGGAAAGGAGUGACUUCCCCCCAACCCCCAUCCCCUGCCCUAUCCUGCCCAGCUGGAAAGUAUAGUAACUAGAGCAUUAGAGCACAAACAUUGUUUUCAAAAGUAUCAUUAGGGAGGGGAGAAGCCCUGAGUGGCUUUUCUCUACGGGCAGAUAGGAAGGCCACUGCUCCCUUUGUGGCUGGGUCACCCGUGAGUCAUGUGUAAGCAUCUUGGCCUGCACCUGCGGCCUUGAAGGAAGCACAAGCCCCCAUUCCUCUUUUUUCUGUCUUUAUUGCCUGCACCACGCGUCUCACAGGCUCCCAGACACCUUACAGGGCCCCUUGUUCUCUCUUGGGGCUGCAGAGUCUCCCUACUGGUCUGGCCUUCCCAGGGGACAGAAUUCUUAUCCUCCAACCUUUCUAGACAUAGGAUAACAUCAUCUGUGCAAGCUGACACCAGGUUGGGCCUGCAGCUCCCGACCAUCCUCCAGGGGGCGCACUAGACCUUGCCAGCAAGGAACUACCGCCUCCAUCUGCUCCCAAGGUGCUAGGGAAGAUGGUUGGUUUCUGUCUUCCCCAGCUCUGUGGGCCGAGUUUCGUGGGACUCUGGACUUUUAUAUUUGGUGACCAGUGCCCUCUGCUUCUGUUUGACUCCCCUUGACCUCUCUACUAUGCAUUUUCCUUUUAUCAGGUGUAUAAAGUUAAAUACUGUGUAUUUAUCACUUAUGAGAACAUGAACUGAAAAAGAUGAGCUUUCGGUUGUUUUUUCACAGGUGUUCAAGCUUCUCUGUAAACUUGAAAUAAACAGACAGCAAAAUGGUGCAAA